AUGGGGUUGGAAAUCUGGAUUGCAGCAGUUUUACUGUUGGGUACAGCUGUUGAAAAAUAUCAAGGUAAGUUAACCAUUCAAAAGACAUUGUAAGUGAUUUUUUUUUCCGUCCAAAUUUGAUCCUGUGUACGUUGAGGUGACUGCAGGGGAAAACGUUAUUAGCGUCUAAUCGGACAUCUCCAGACUGAUCUUCAAGUUAUUCUAGCGAGAAGUUAAACACUUUUUAGACAUCAAAACUCGUAGCCCGUAUCAAAAACAAAGAGAAGUAAACAGUUAAAAUGUCACUCAGUUAUGAAAAAGGUUGGAAAAAGUACAGCAAAAUGUUAUUAAAAAUAAUGAUACAAAAUAAAAUACAUAUAAUGGCCGUUUUUCUCAGAGCUAAGUAAAAUUUUAAGACACGAUAAACGUUUACGCCGUCCAGCAACUUAGUCUUGAUUAUGGUUUUAAAUAAACGGUUUGUUAAUUUGCGUUUACUUUAUUCUUUAUGCAGCGUCACCCGUCAUUGUAAAAGGUGAGCGAAGUAAAAGUCCUAUAAAAUGUACAUUGUACGAUACCUUAAACAUUAUAUGGCAUGCAUAAUGUAUUCAUGGCGAGUCGACCACAAAUGUAAGAAUACAUUUACUUUUAUUAUGUUUCCGUGCAAUGCCUUCCUCUUCUUCUUCUUCUUCUUCUUCUUCUUCUUCUUCUUCUUCUUCUGCAUACGGCUUAUGGCGUCGAAGAAAUUAAGAUCUACAAUGAAGAUGUGCCACCUCCCCUCUGACGUUUUUAGUAGCUGUUCGUUCAUCCCUCGCACACAUUUUGAGACAGGUUUAGUGAUGGUCACUUGCUAUGGUUACGAGAUAUGACGUAACAAGUACCAGGUAGUCAAGCCAAUUUUGGGUGAAAAUACAUGUUUUUUCAGCUUCUUUCAACAAUAAGUAAAUUUUAUGUCUUUUUUUCAAUGAACAUGGCGUUAGUGCUGAUAAUUAGUAGAAGACUGCUUAUGGUCUAUUUCAGUUUUAACUUACACCAUCCACAAGUGAACGGAAAUUCCAGGACUACCAUAUUAGUAGACAAGCAAGAUUCAGCUGUAAAUGAAUGGAUUUCUGUUCACUUAAAUGUGUCGCAGUUUUUUUAUUUAUUUAUUUGUAUUUAUAUUUAUUGGGUUCGUUUUUAUCUUGUUAGAUUAUGAAACUGAUGACGAAGCAAAAGGACUGUUAGACGAUUCAGAAGAAAAUGGUAAAAACAAUUGAACUACAACUACAAUUACUUUUAGGGAUGUUUUAUGUACACCCGGUGUCAAAACACGUGCUAGUGUGUUUAUUUCAGUACGAUUGCCUAAUGAUAAUGCACUCUCUUUUUAAAACGUGUUGAAGGAAUAAUUUCAAACAAAGUCAGUAAAAGCAACAACAACAACAGCAAUGUUGGUCAGUUAAGUGCUACUUUCGAUUGCAAUACGGCAAUCUAAAUGAAAGAAAUUUCCACAGCUGAUAACCGCACAAGAGGAAAAAAAUGCUUUAGAGUGAAGCUAAACUAAUUGCAAUGCGACCAAAUGUUUUCUACUUUAUUGCAAACUAUUAAAAAUUUGAUCAUUUGCACCCAUCACGCCAGCUCAUGUGUGAAACGGUAACAGUCGUGUCUUGGUAUGGACUGGUGUAAAAAAAAAAAAAAAUUAUGAAAUAAAUAAAUAAAUAAGUAAAUAAUGAUAAAAAUAGAAUAUAAGGUAACUUUUGACUAGUCGCUGUUUUUUUUCGAUUUAGGCAAACAUUUCUCCUCCUCUGUUUUCAAUGUUAAAUCUUUAUCUUCAGUCCUAAUCAGCUUUCAAUUGUUUCAGUACUUCAAUCCCGUUUUUACCCUUUAAUUAACAAGUAUUCUUCAAUUUGUAUACCUCGUCAUAACCUGCUUAAUACUAAUACUCAUCCGUAUUGUUAGCGGAGAAAUACUAUGUUUUGCAUUGGAUAUUUUCUGUCAUUGCCGGCUAGAUGCCACUAAAUCGAGAAACGGGCAGUGGGGAACGAGCACUAGGAACGGGAAUAUGAGAGAGAAUGGGAACUGAAGUUAUUGAUAGGGCUAGGGUUCAAGUCAAUUUUUCUUGUUUCCUGUUCGAUGUGCACGUGCCACUGUCCUCUUCCCCUUUAAUUUUUGUAACAUCGUCUGUCAAUGCCUUCUGUUUGUUGCUACUUAUUGAUUGCUCCGAUUGUCUUUUUAGGCGAACUUAAGGAAGUUAAAGAUGAAGAAGGUAACUGAAUGCUGUUUUACUAUCAUUUUAUGAGAAAAACAAUGAAAUAUUCAAUCCAAUUGCUGUCAUGUUUUUUUUUUGUGUUUGUUUUAAUUGUAACAUCUUUUAUUUUUGUUUUUGAUUUUUAUGGUUAGAGAUUCUCGAAGACGGUCCGGAGGAGGAAGGUACUAGAUAGAAAAAUAUUGCAGCAGACACUGAAAGUAGUCAGUCUCUUGGUAUACGCGUUACAUGCUUGUUUACCGUUGUCUUUCGACAGCCUUUCUGUUGACCAUUAUAUUUCGACAACGUGCUGCUAGCUGGUCUUCGCUAGUUACAGAUGUCGUCGAUAUACUUGUGGCGGUAUUAGUUUUUGCCAUAAUUCGAAAAUUUAUCUGGACCUCCUCGUCAUUGCUUACAACAGAAUUGCAUGGGAGAUGGGGGUUAUCCGACACAACGGGUAUCAGCCAAAAGCAAAAUGGGACACUUUAUGAGAUUCUUUGCAAAUGCUGGAAUCUAGAAGUGUUAUAAAUUAUUGUAUCCCUAUAAUCAUUUCAAAUGCGAUAACACAUUCGCUUUUUGAUGUCCCAAAUUGUCUUUUUCUUCUUUUGUUAGUAAUUCAUUAAUAGUAGAAGGCUGCAGAUCUUUCAUGGUCUUGUGCAGUUUAAAGUUACAUCAUGUACAUCUUAUCUUAAGACUGAUUAUUAUUCAUUCGGGGGUUGAAUACAAAUCCGGCACAACAGGCAAAUUACCGCCAAAAGCUAAAUUGGACAGUUUAUAAGUUUCUUUGGAAAUGCUGGAAUCUAGAAGUGUUAUAAAUUAUUGUAUCUCUAUAAUCAUUUCAAAUGCGAUAACACAUUCGCUUUUUGAUGUCCCAAAUUGUCUUUUUCUUCUUUUGUUAGUAAUUCAUUAAUAGUAGAAGGCUGCAGAUCUUUCAUGGUCUUGUGCAGUUUAAAGUUACAUCAUGUACAUCUUAUCUUAAGACUGAUUAUCAUUCAUUCAAAAUAUUUCCCCUGAAUGGAUUUCUGUUCGCUUAAAUGCGUCGCAGUAUUUUAUUUAUUUAUUUAUUUGUAAUUCUAUUUAGUAAGUUCUUUUUUAUCUUGUUAGAUUAUGAGACUGAUGACGAAGCAAAAGGACUGUUAGACGAUUCAGGAGAAAAUGGUAAAAACAAUUGAACUACAACUACAAUUACUUUAAGGGAUAUUUUAAGAACACCCAGUGUCAAAACACGAGCUAGUGUGUUCAUUUCAGUACGAUUUCUGAUGUCAGUUUUUCAUGUUUCCUGUUCGAUGUGCACGUGCUACUGUCCUCGUUCCCCGUUAAUUUUUGUAACAUCGUCUGUCAAUGUCUUCUGUUUGUUGCUACUUAUUGAUUGCUCCGAUUGUCUUUUUAGGCGAACUUAAGGACGUUAAAGAUGAAGAAGGUAACUGAAUGCUGUUUUACUAUCAUUUUAUGAGAAAAACAAUGAAAUAUUCAAUCCAGUUGCUGUCAAUUUUUUUUUUGUUUUAAUAUCAAUAUCUUUUCUUUCUGUUUUUAAUUUUUAUGGUUAGAGAUUCUCGAAGACGGUCCGGAGGAGGAAGGUACUUGAUAAAAAAUAUUGCAGCAGACACUGAAAGUCGUCACUCUCGUUGUUAUUUAAUUAACAAGGCGCAAUAAAGUAUAAUAGUCUUGGUAUAUGCGUUACAGGCUUGUUUAUCGUGGUCUUUCGAAAGCCUUUUUGUUGACCUUCACAUUUCGACGACGUGUACUAGCUGGUCUUCGUUAGAUACAGGUGUCGUCGAUAUGCUGCGUGGGCCUAUUAGUUUUUGCCAUAAUUCGAAAAUUUAUCUUGACGUCCUCGUCAUUGCUCACAAUAGAAUUGCAUGGGGGAUGGGGAGGAAUACAAAUCCGGCGCAACAGGUAAAUUACCGCCAAAAGCUAAAUUGGACAGUUUAUACGUUUCUUUGGAAAUGCUGGAAUCUAGAAGUGUUAUAAAUUAUUGUAUCCCUAUAAUCAUUUCAAAUGCGAUAACACAUUCGCUUUUUGAUGUCCCAGAUUAUAUUUUUCUUAUUUUGAUAGUAAUUCAUAGGAGACUGCAGAUCUUCCAUGGUCUUGUGCAGUUUAAAGUUACAUCAUAUACAUCGUAUCUUAAGACUGAUUAUUAUUUUUUUUUCAAAAUAUUUCCCCGAUUCUUAUUGGCUAAAAGCGCACGCAUAAUUCCCCAUAAGCAGUUACUGUGGACCAAAUUUGGAAGAAUUUUGUGUUUAACGAAUAAAUGACGUCAAAAAUGGAGCGUUCUUGCAGGUUAAUGCACCGUUAACCGAGAAGACCUGGGGACGAGGUUAAGUUGUUUUGGUUGUGAAAACAAAAAAAAAUGGUUGACAUUUCAUUUGUUUCAAUAGUGGGAAGUAGGUGAAAUUAUAGCUAAAAACAUGGCAAGAACAGCAAGAACACAACUCGAAGGGCGACGUCUGCUAUUAGGAGAAUAUUUGCGGAGCUAAACAACCCUAAACGUGCACUAUCGACGGUGAACUUAACAUCGAUGGAGGUAAGCAUGUUUUAGCUUUGUUUUUAAACUAGGAAUUAUUUUGAAUUAAUAUUAAGACAAUUAUUGAAUUCGGCUUUCGUAUCAUAUGAAGAAUUAUGGAGAUCUCUUAGGGUGUUAUCCGUUGAGGCCGUAUAACACCUCCUCGAUCUCCAUAAUUCUUCAUAAGGUACUCAGCUUCAUUCAUUAAUUGUUAAAUAAAGAUGUGUAAUACAGAGGCAAUGCAUAGUAACCGAAUGUAUAGUUUCUGCUUGUUUAGAUGCGUCGGAGUCGAGAUUGUUCUUUAUUUGUUUACCUGUUUUUAGAUUAUGAGACUGACGACCAAGAAAAAGGACUGUUAAGUGAUUCGGAAGAAAAUGGUAAAGAAUACUAAAGCAGUUACUUAAGUAAUUGAUUUCUAACAAUUUAGAAUUUACAUAUCUGGUAUAAUUCCUAUUUUUGUUUUCCACUUAUUAUUUAACGGAGAUUCAAAGGAAAAAAAAUGUUCGUUUCUUUUAAACUGCGUAGAAAAAUUUGUUCCUUUAAAAUUUUUGAUUAUUUUAUUUAUCUACCAAGGUGAACCCGAGGAAGCUAACGAUGAAGGAGGUAACACUGCUGUUUAACUUGAAUUUUGUGAGGAAGAAAAGCAACAAAUAAUUGAAUAAAUAAUACGCACACCACAUAAUAUUUUAAAUGUCCUAAUUUCAAUUUUGUUUUAUUUACUUUUGGUUUUAGAGAUUCUUGAAAACUUCUCAGACGACGAAGGUAUGAGAAAACGAGUUCUGCAACAGACUUGACAAAUAGUGACUCUCACAGUUAUUUAUGUAACAUAACAUUACAUGCAUUUUCUACAUAAUGAACGCUAUCAUUUAUCGCGCUAUGUGUUUGAUAGUCUCGUUUAUUGUUUGUCUUCGUACGCAGGCACUUUUUAAUUAAUUGCGACGUUUCGAUAGCGGCCCUUUUGUCUUCACGCGGCAAUCAGGCCGUUUUUGAACACUCAAUGAGGCUGUGCUUUAUGUACUUUUUGACUAGCUUAGAACUCUCGCUAGUACUUUCGUAAGGUAAGAGACUAUCCAAAGGUAUCUCUACCAUUCACGACAUUUCCCUUCGAUAUCUACAGUCAAAGUUCAUUUUUCAACUCUUUGAACUCUAUCUCGUUAAAUUAAAUCAAAGCUGAGGAAUUCCUGCAUAACCCUCAGUGUCCAUUAACUUGUAUAUAUCACAAGCUGGUAACUUAUAAACUUCGGUUGAAAUUCAAAGAGAGGUAUUUAAUUCAUUUGGUCUCAUUAAAAAGUGUAUGAUAUUUUGAAUUUGGAUAGAAUAAAAUUUGCAGUCAUUGCCAGAAAUCGUGGACAUUUCGCGCCCGUGAUCAAUUGUCAGCGGAAUCUCAUUUUUAAAAUGGCGGACAAAAACUAUCGUAGUCAGGGAAAGCGUAUCCCUUGCGAUUUUUUAAAUAAUUUGAGCUCUGUGGAUCUGUUUUACGAAGAAAAAAGCUGGAAUUAAACACCUUGCAAGAAAAUGUUAGGUUUAUACGCGGCCGAGCGGCUGAUAGCAACAAAACAGUACGCGGAUGUACCUUUCGUGACAUUUUCGUGACAAUUUUGUUUUAAAACCAAGCCUGGUAGGCUAAUCGAGGAUUUUUGAAUGCCUGGAACCUAGUUUAUAUCCCGUGAAGCAUCUCUGGAGUUGUAGCAACAAACAAAAUGGCGAUUCUGUGGGGUUUGGAGUUGUGAAGCUGUGUCCGACCGAAAUGUGUCAUUCGCAACCAUGGCGUCCAUUACUGGACUACAGAUGGAAAACUGAGGGAAAUAAUGCGCCUUUGGAAGUAUUUUGCAGUGCAAAAAUUGUCCUUUUAACGACUGUUUUGGAAACAUCUUCCAUCGCAAAAGUGAUAUCGAGUCGGGCAAAUUUACUUCAGUGAAGGGUUUAUCCUCUAUCGACGAGUAUUUCGCAUGACUUCGGCAAGAUUUUAAGACAAUGUAUGGAGAAAUGGAGCGUACAACAAGGAAUAAAAGUGGCCACGUCAGGAAGUAAGUAAACCUACUUCUAAUUAGCUAUUUUUAACCCAGAUGCGAGGGUUACACAGCACUUAACAUGUUUCGAGUCGGGCACCGAACACCCGUGAGCUCAUAAUCGAUAUAUUUGAAAAAGUUUUCUUAUCUCCAUACAUUUUCUUAUACGAAUUCGCAGCCAUUGUGGCCUUAGUGCGCACGCGCAACCACCAUCUUGUCCCUAAUUUCUGGCAAUGAAAUGUAAAUGCAAUAAUUCAAGUCGACUCUUCAUAUUUUUCGCGAAGGUUUGGUAGAUAAGCCUGAUGUCAGAGUUCAAACAAAGUAGUAAGACAAGCUUUUUAUAAGUAGGGGCUCUGUGAAAUCCUAAAUUAUUAUCAUAUUUAUUAAAUUUAUAUAUUGAUGAAUCUUCUUUUUUCUAUGGUAAACUUGUAACAAGUACGUGAAAAUACAACCUGACACAAUUUAAGCUUUACUUAUUCGGUUAUCUCUACUUACUUAUUCCAAUAAAAGUGUAAGAAACUUUACUUAAACAAAAAAAAAGUAAGAAAGCUAUAUUUUCUUUAAAUUUGUAAUUUAAUAAAUUUCAAAGAUCCUCGACGAAUCAAACGCAGAAGAUCUAGAAGAUCUGGUGGAAGACGAAAACGUAGACGUCAACGCGGAAGGCGUCGUAGGCGAGGAAGAGGACGCGGAAGACGUGGUCGAAGGUCAAGAAAACGAAUUGGACGACCUAGGCGACGUAGACGACCUUCACGUAACAGAAAAGGCGGAAGGCGAAGAUCUAGAGGUGGACGAAGAAGCAAUGGGCGCGGUCGAAGACGGGGAAACAAAAGUGAGUAGAUCUAUAAUUGAAAAUCCUCUUGGAAUGCAGACAUAUGGAAUUUCUACUUCGAUUUUAUUUUUUAGCUUACUAUUUUAACUUUAUACAAUAAGAUAGUGCGCGCGCUCUUAUUGGCUGAGAGGAGUGUUAUAGGUUGUCUGGGUUGCGGGUACAACAAAGUAUCAUACGUAAUAGAGUGGAGAAGUCGUUACGUCGCGUUGCCAUGGUAGCAAAAUCACUGGAUGACAAAAAACUGAAAACAGCACCUAUAAAGUGAAUUCGUACUGUUUCAAACAGCCGUCGAUUUUAUUCAAUUUCGUUUAAUUUGUCAAAUGUUGGCAAAAUGUUUCUCGGGUUAAAUCAGAAAGGACCGUCUCUAAGUUUAGAAAAAGAAAAAUAGCAUUUUUGCGUUGUGCUCACCUACUUCGGGUGCUUAAUAUUAGGAAGAAUAAAAAAUAAAAGCGCGAUGAACGUAAAGAGUUGUUGUUUUGCCGAUAUAAAGCCAUUGCCUUUUUCCAGUUCACUUUGCCGUUGCCGGCGUCGUUGCUUAAGUUCCCUAUUGUUGUUAUCCAGAAAUUUUGUUACCAUGGUAACAUGACUUCACAUCUUUCCUCUCUGUUAGGGAGAAUGAAAGUAUACUAAAUGCUUCGGCGGUGUCCAGCUACAUGGGGCGGCUAGGGCAAAUCAACUGCGUUCAACACGCUUUCGACAAGAACACUUCACCACCAUAAUUAAUGCUUUAAGUUUCAGCAAGCUAUAUUACUGUUGUAAUGUUUGGAGCAACACCUUUGAACGCAACCUAAAUUGGAUUCAAGUUGUUAACAAAUUUAGUGGCACGGAUCGUUAGCAACACAAGGAGAUAUGAUUCAUUAUUUUCUAAAUAUAUUCAAAGAGCUAGCAUCACUACGCGUACCACAAGGAAAUCCCAAAUGUUACAUAUUCCUCUGUAUAAAAUUGCCACAGCACAAAGAACCUCAGUCUCUUUAAGAACCGUUAAACUUGAAUUUGUAACUCACUGAACCCUGCCCUUAUGCUGAAAUCUACCUUAAAGGACUUCAAGAGUUGCCUGAAUGAACACUUAUUGUUGAUUUUUUUGGAUUAAGACUUUCAUGUUUUAGUAAAUUAUCAGUGUGCAUGGUCUUACCAUUUGUAGUUAUCAUGUAUGUAUGUAUGUAAAAAAAAAGAAAAAAAAAAUUGUAUGUAUACUCUUGUUCUAACAAUGUUUAUAACCACCCUUUGUGUUUUUCUUUUGAAAUCAUACUAAAUAUGUACAAUUUUCAUUUAGAUUCUCCCAGGUCAGAAACUUGAUAAUUCUUUUAUAAAACAGUGUUACCUUUUUUAAUUUGUACAAUCUACAAUGUUGAAAUUCAGGAAAAACUGUGGACACACUGUUCUAUUAUUUUACGUAGGGCAGGCAAGUCGUUGGGCCAGUAAAAUUUGUCCCAGAGUCGAACUUCUGUCCUUGAUUUUAGAAUAUUGCGUGAAAUUUUUGAUAAAAAAAAAAACAAAACAAAACAAAACAAAACAAAAACAAAAAACAAUCAAACGCACACACGUCACUCCCACACAAAAACGAAACAAGCAAAAAUGAGUAGAAUGAAAAACAGACAAAACGUCACUUUCCCACAGAUAACAGAACAAAAAAGGUAGAAUAAAAAAGCAAACAAAUGAACAAUAACAAAACAACAUCAAACAAAAAAUAUAAUGAUAAAACAAAAAGUUUGACUUAAACGGCCUUAGCCAGAAAAGAGCCCUCUGUGUUUUGACAUUCUCCGCUUAUUUUUAUUGUUAUUAUUUUAUGUAUAUAUUAUAUAUUUUUUGUCAGGCGCACGGAGAACUAGCACUUGCCCUCUAUUUGACUACAAAGGAAGCAAUUUUGACCCCAACGGGUGGGACCCGUUUGUUCGUAUUGAGAAUGGAUUCAGACAACACGCAGUGAACAUAAAUCGCUAUGCUGGUGAAUGUGGAGUAAAGGUUUGUAGGCUAGCAGUCGAUUCGUUUAUACAUUAACACAAAACCUUUCCUGAAUAGAAACGUACUAGCUUCACGGGAUAUCAAUUAUAAGGUCAUUUUUAAAGCAAUUCCAGUGCCAGUACAGCUUUAUCCAGUAUUUUUGGAUCGAUGCAACUUUUCGAUAUAAUACUUUUGAAUCUGAAUUAACGAGGUAAGACAGAGACUUGUCCUAGCGGAUUUAAUUCUGAUGUCGGGUAACUGAUAUUAGAUCCGUUAAAAUGGGUCUUUAGAGAACAUUUUCAUUUCUUUCAACUUCCCCGCUGCUGCGGGACCGCUGUUGAACCCGUUUAAUUAUAAAGCAUUUUUUCGCCGGGUCAUGACUUAACGUUCCCAUCAUCAGUAUUAGGCAAAGUGGUCCAGUACUUAGAGCGCUUAACUUACAAGAGAUCAAGCCUAUCAUAACUCCCGAUGGCGAGUGUAUACCCUUCUUCAAUCGCCUGUAAGCUCAAAAUUGGUUGGCCUUCUGGCAGUGAGGAUUUUUUUUUUCAUUAUGAUUACAUUUUGCUUUGCUGUGUUUGUAAAUUUGUUUUUUCAAUUUCUAGUCCUAUCCUUGUUUUGUUUUGUUGUUGUUGUUGCUUUUUUAACCACUGGGUUAAUUGUAAAUUCUUUAUUCCCAUCAAAGACUUCGUUGGUUAAACUCGUUACCAUCUUAUUUUUCUCUCACCUAUAUUCUAUAUUUUUUUUUUACUUAUUUAUUUAAUUAAUUUAUCUUAUGUUUCAUUUUUUUUGCCAUAGUUGUUUAUCAUCAGCUCCUUCAGGAAACGUGCAAUACAGGCGAGAAGAAGUAACCAUAUGGUUGGCCGUGCUAUCGAUGUGAAUUUAAGUUGGCCUGGGGGAUUCUGCAAUAAUGCUUGUUUGGGAAACGAAGCAAGGUUACCUUCGGGACCUAGGUGCUUUAUCGCCAAGAUCCGUAACGAUCCAAGCCUUCGUUGGGGUGGAGAUUUCAAUGAUCCUGGACACAUUGACGACAACCUGAAUAAUCGUGACCCAGCAGCGUAUGACCGGCUCCGUGACUUCUUGCAGCCUAUCUGCUCGGAAGUUCGUUGA